AUGUCUCAGCCUGUGCGUAAAGGCAACGGCCCUGCCAGCGCAACCGGCAACAAUGGGCGCAAGCUGGGAUUCCCAAUGAUGAGCCCGCAUGAGAUCUUCAGCUGCCUUGGUCUUCUCGGCAUCAACUGUCAGAUGGACGACAUCACGCGCCCCACGGCGGCUUCCACCCAAGCCAUCUGGGCGGGUCUCCUCGAAGUUUUGUGCGGUGUCACCCAGCCACAGAUCGAGGACUCCAAAAGCGCAAUCAUCAGCAAGAUGGAGUAUAGGGAGCUCUAUAACGGUGGCCUGGGCAUUAUCAUGUUCCUCAGGCUUUGCCAGAAUCUCGCCGAUCGCUGUGGGGUGCCGCUCACCCUUCCCGACCUUACCAGGCCCGAUGCCCUGCGCCUGCGCACAGCUCUCAGUGGAGUUCUGAACUAUGCGAAGUUCCGGGAGGAGAACCUUGGUCUCGCGGACAAGCUUCAGGCGCAGCUUGACUCAGACAAAGAGCGCGUUAUCCAUCUGCAGAGGAAGAUCGACAAGCUUGACGUUGCCAUUGAAGACUGCAAGGCUACGCAGGAGGAAGACCAGCCCAAGGUCGAGAGCGCGAGGAAGCGCAACGAGGAGGUGCGCAAUGAGCUGCGUGGUCUGUCCGAGGAACAACGUCAACUGUCUGGAGAAUAUGAGAAAAUGAAGCAGGACCGACAGGCAUUGAGCAAGGAAGGCAAAGAGCGCGCAGCCUUGCUCGAGAGCAUCGAUGCCCGCACCAAGGAGGCCAAGAGCCGUCUCGUUCGAUCUCCCGAUCGCAUGCGCAAGAACAUCUCUGAAAUGGGCUCUCAAGUCGCUUCGCAGAAGGAGGAGCUGAGCCGUACUACGGAGAAGCUCCACGAACACACGAAGAGGUUGGAAGUCCUUCAGAGCCUGGAGACCGAACUGAAGCGCCUGAUCACUCUCGGCAAGAUGAUCGCAUCCCAGCAGGAGACAACCGAGCAGCUUCGCCGUGAGAAGGAGAGGCUCCAGUCGGCUGUCGACCAGGCGAAGGCCGAGGGCGAGCGCCUGAAGGAGCGCAAUGACCACCUUGAGCGGCAGAUCUCGUUCGCGGAUGAGAAGUUGACCCGUCAGCGUGAGAGAAUUAAGGAGUACCACCAGAGCAGCAAGGCCCGCAUUGCCGAGCUGACCGCUGAGUACAACCAGAAGGAUAAGGAGCGCGCAUCGUUGGAAGGGCAGCUCGUCGAGCUGCAGAACGAGGAGAAGCAGCUGCGAAACGAGAUGAAGGAGUAUAUCGCGAAGAACCAGGCAGAAAUCCGCAAGGUCCUGGAGGCGUAUAAGGCGCUUCGUCAGCGAGCGGACAGCUACAUCGACCAGGUCGCCAACGCCCUCGGCAUCUCCCAGCAGAUCCAAGACUAG